AUGAAGAGAGUCUGCCGAAACAAUUCCUCAAUCUAUAUCCUACUACGCUUCCCGAUAUACCUAAAAUUGAAGCAACGGAAACUGCACAUGUUGAUGCAGCUUGCAUCCAGAUCAUCUGAGCAGAUUAUCAAAAUGGAAAUUCUCUCCGACUUCCUCCUGCCAAAGCAAAUCCUCCCACCUUCUGCGCAACAUCCAGGAAAUCAUCUGCAAUACCGCCCAGCAUCCAGAAAAUCUCCCUCCAACUUUGCUGAGCGACAGCAAAGUCUCCCCAGCUUUGCCCAGCCAAAGCAAAUCCUCCCAGGCGAUAGGAAAUCUCCCCCAGCUUUGCCCAGCUAA